AUGCAGGAGCUACGUGGAGCACUCUGUCUGGCCGACAGAACACCAAAUUCAGAAAAAAUCCCGCAGCUUCGGAUACGCGCAUUAGUGUUACGGCUGUUUUUGUCUCAGCCUGAUGCGUUUCCUAUAGAUUACAUCGUAGUUGUGUGCUCUUGCAACAUCCUCUACCUUUACAUCUGGUCAGACACAAGGACUACAGUUUUGAACGCAGUUACUCUAGGUUCAAAGUUUUGUUUCGACAGCACCUCAGUGUCAACAUCUAAGAAGGGAGAGGAGAAAAAGGUGAUAAAAACACGUCCUUAUCAAGCUCAAGCAUACCUUACCUUAUUGAGUCUGGAGCAUAUCCAGCAGCGAGUUUGGAUGAAGGAGCAGAAUGGCAAGCGAAUCGAUGAGUUUGAGGAUAUGACCGGCUACGACUCCUUUCGUUUCGACAUGCAGACGAAAAGUACGAGGGACGAUGGACAUUAUUACUGCAUCCAGAUGCAAUCGAACCGCGAGUCUAAAAGCAGAUCGGUUUCGGGCAAACCUAAAUCACAUUCGUACUGCGAUGUCCAAAUCCACGAGAACGCUACGCCUUCACCCACUGUCUUCCUCGAUGCAUGUUGGUCGUCGGCGGCGCAGAACGACAAACAAACUCCGGGAACAAGUAAACCAAAGACGAUGACUGUCAUCAUCCGCGCAGAUAAUACAUGGAUAAAUCUAGAUACAAGCGAGGUUGGUUAUGACGAGGAGGCUGAGAUGCAGAGUAAGAAAAAAGACGUUGACGAAUUGAUGGCAAAGAUAUGGAGUAAUACUGCAACAAGCGAAGACUACAAAAGGUUUCAUGAUAUGAAGAAAAAAAGGGUAGCAUAG